AUGGCUAAAAUCCAGCCGGGCUUGGAACGCAUCAGCCAGCUUCUGAGAGGCGUCCAUUUCCCGUGGCAAUCCAUUCAUGUUGCUGGCACAAAUGGCAAAGGCACUAUUUGCCACUAUGCUUCGUCGCUAAUCAGCAAGAAAAAAUCAAAACUGACGAGUGGUGCUUUCACUUCACCACAUCUGAUAGACAGAUGGGACUGUAUCAAAAUCAAUAACAACCCCGUAGACGAGUCCGUCUUUCGCAAGAUAGAACAGCACUACCUCGACCUGAACCUGAAGGAGGGCAUUAACGCUUCACCAUUUGAGAUUUUGACUGCCACCGCUUUUACCAUCUUCAAUGAAGAGCGUGUCAGACUCGCCGUUGUCGAGGUUGGAAUGGGCGGGAAGCUUGAUGCGACUAACAUACUAAACAACCAAGCCGUAUGUGUCAUUGCCAAAAUCGCACGCGAUCAUGAGGGCUUUCUCGGAAACACUCUGAAUGAUAUCGCACUACACAAGGCUGGUAUUCUCAGAAAGAAUGUUCCAUACCUCAUCAGUCCACAGAACGAGACAAAUGUUAAGCAUGUUAUUACCGAGUAUGGUGAUCAAAUCGGUGCAAUCAAAACCGAUAACACUGUGCUCCCCAGGUCUUUCUACACCAGCCCUGGUUGGCAACACGCGAGCAACCAAUUGCGUUCAAUGCAACAGACAAACCUACUAUUGGCCGCCGUUGCCACUAUCAAGGCUUACGAGUCUCUGACUCUUCGCUUUACGCCGACUGCCCUGACCGAGGAUCUUUAUAAAAUCAGCAGCCCCGUAAAUCACAGCGCCCUAAAUCCUGGACGACUGGAAGAGAUCAAAGUACAACCCGUCUUUGGGGACCCAAAUGGUAUUAAUACUUCUAAAAUAAAAGGGCGGCGGAUCAUGGUAGAUGGCGCUCACAAUCCGGAUGCUGCGAAGUUUCUGGCCGAUCAUGUCAACUCAGUGCAGAGAAGAAAGAAGAGAGGAGAGAAACGAAAGACUGUAAUCAAGCCACCCAGAAAUGGGUGGCGGGUCACGUGGGUGCUUGCCAUGACCGAAGGGAAGGAUGCAGAGCAAUACUUGAGCAUACUACUGCAACCCGGAGAUAGCGUAAUCACCACCACGUUCGGUCCCGUGGACGGUAUGCCCUGGGUCAAACCAAUGGAUCCAAAGAAACUCCUGAAAAUAGCACAGGCUGUUCAUCCCGCCAUUACGGGCAUGGCCAUGCCUAGAGAUGGAGUGCUUCGAGCACUGUGUGCAGCCAAAUUUCUAGCCGAUCCACAAGGGUCAAUUGUCUUGACCGGUAGUCUGUAUCUUGUUGGCGACUUCCAUCGCGAGCUACGCCCCAGGCGUGCUCAAGAUUACAUGACCGCCCCUGAGUAUGAAGAAGAUAGAAAAAGGUUCAAGGCUAUGUUGCAGACAGAAGAGAAAAGGGUUCGCGCCCUGUUCGGCAAUCCCCAUGCUCAGCCCUCCACCCAAGAUAGCACGAUCGAGGAGAGUCCGUUCACUCCGAACACCAGCCCUGAUCUCGAACAAGUCGAUGUAGACAGCGAAGAGCAAGAUCCGCGACAGUUGGAACGUGAGAGAUGGAGCAAUAUGCAGGCAGAGCUUGCUACUAUCGAUAACACGUUGGAUGCUAUCGCGGAAGAGGAGCUCAAUGUGCUGAAGAAGUGGGCUCCCCAAAAGGAUGAAUCGAGGAAGGAGGAAGAAGAGAAGGAGAAAAAUGGGGUGGAAGAGAAGGAAACGAGCGACGAGGAUGAAGAGCACGGAAAAGAACAGAAUGAGAGUAAUGAGAUUGAAGAGACCGAUGAACAAGACAUGCUAACGAUCCAGAAUGAGCAAGCCAAACAAGCCGAAUCUUUCCACAGCCCUGAAAUGCUGGAGGGUCUAACAAUGCUGGAUGAGAAAGAGCCGCCAAAGACACACACGACACACGAAGGGGACCAAGGGCCAGUCACAAGACACCAGGGACUGCCUGAGCAACUCAAGAUGGGGAACGAACGAACCUGA